CUAGCUGAUGAGAUCGCUGCAGCUUUUGCUGAAUUACCUCAGAAAGUCAUCUGGAGAUAUAAAGGAGACAAACCAGCCACUCUGGGCAACAACACUUUACUAGUCGACUGGAUGCCACAGAACGACCUCCUAGGACAUCCAAAUGUAAAACUUUUUGUAAGUCAUGGAGGAACUAACGGAAUAUAUGAGGCUAUAUAUCACGGAGUUCCAAUCGUAGGCAUUCCCAUUGUCUUCGAUCAAGCCGACAACCUCUCCAGACUGAGAGCAAAGGGUGUUGCAGAAGUCAUGGAUAUUUCUGAACUGGAUCGGAAAACAUUUCAGACUGUCAUACAGGAAGUCCUGAAUGAGCCCUCCUAUACAGUGAACAUGCAGAGACUCUCCAGACUGCACAGAGAUCAACCAGUGAAGCCACUGGACCGCGCCAUCUUCUGGAUAGAGUUUGUCAUGAGACACAAAGGUGCAGCUCACCUGAGAACUGAGUCCUACAGACUGCCCUGGUACUCCUACCACUCUGUUGAUGUGAUGCUAUUUUUAAUAACAGUUGUGCUACUGAUUUUGUUAUUAUUUGCUGGGUUAGUACGGUCAUGCUGUAGAUUGUGUUCCAAAAGAAAAGUGAAAUCUGACUAACCAGUAAUCCGGCUGUGAUCAGACGAAAGGAGUACAUGUUUUACCUUUGAAAUGUGUCAAGGUGCCUAAAGUUUUCUAGAAAAAUGUGUACUGUAAAAAAUGAAAUGUAACUCCCAGCUUUGACCGCCAAUGUGCAAAAGCACAAUCAUUACUUUGUUGAAAGCAGGGUCAUUUUAAAUGAUCUGUCUGUAUGCAUCAGUGUAACAAUGUACCUUUUGUUUCUAACUGAAUCAAAGUCUGAGAACUCACUGUGAAUGGAAACUACCAUACUAGCAGACAAAUAUGAUGACAUGAUGACAAGAUACAAGUUUCAACUCUCUAUACUCUGUAUGGUUUUUGCUGUAUACUACAUUAUGCUAAAAUCCCACUGUUGAAGGGAGGAUUCUAAAACAAUAAAAAGGCUUACACUGACAAUAAAAAUAAACAAUGUGAACCAUAAGAGUGAAGAAAAAUAAUACACUUUUAUUUCUUUUUUUCCAACCAGCAUGGAUUUGCCCUGCUGACAGGUUUGUUGAAAUAGAUGAAUUAAAAACAACCUGAUCUACAUGAGGAUUUGUUGGUACCAUUACCAGCCAGCAGGUGAUGUUGUUGAGCCAUUUACAGUAUUUCCCUUGACUGUUAAACACCAGCUAUUUUAUAAUUUGACAUUUUUCAGAUGACAAUGGGAGCAUUGUGAGCCACAUAACAAAGCUAUCAUAAAGGCAUGUUGCUGUAGCAUUUUUAAAGGGAAUUAUGUAAUUGCAAUAAAAUGACCUGAAUUAUUA